CAUUCUUCUUCUGAUUCAGGAACUUGGCCUGGUCGUCGUGACGUCACAGCACUUCCGGUCUCCACCCGUUCGCAGCCAUGAUGCAGGAAGGGCUGGACGACGGACCCGACUUCCUCUCCGAGGAGGACCGGGGACCGCGGGCGGUGAACGUGGACCUACAGACGGACGCCACCCUUCAGGUCGAUAUCUCCGACGCUCUGAGUGAGAGAGACAAGGUCAAGUUCACUGUCCACACCAAGAGCACGCUCCCCAACUUUAAGCAGAACGAGUUCUCAGUGGUCCGACAGCAUGAAGAGUUCAUCUGGCUGCACGACUCGUUCGUUGAGAACGAAGACUACGCUGGUUACAUCAUCCCCCCUGCCCCCCCCAGGCCGGACUUUGAUGCAUCCAGAGAGAAGCUGCAGAAGCUCGGGGAGGGAGAAGGAUCCAUGACCAAGGAGGAGUUCACCAAGAUGAAGCAGGAGCUGGAGGCAGAGUACUUGGCCAUCUUCAAGAAGACUGUCGCCAUGCACGAGGUCUUCCUGUGUCGUGUGGCUGCUCAUCCCGUCCUUAGGAAAGACCUCAACUUCCACGUCUUCCUGGAGUACAACCAGGAUCUGAGUGUACGAGGGAAGAACAAGAAGGAGAAGCUGGAGGAUUUCUUCAAGAACGUGGUGAAGUCUGCCGAUGGCGUCCUGGUGGCCGGAGUCAAGGACGUGGACGACUUCUUUGAACACGAGAAGACAUUUCUGUUAGAAUAUCACAACAGAGUCAAAGACGCUUCGGCCAAAUCCGACAGGAUGAUCCGCUCGCACAAAAAUGCUGCAGACGACAUCAACAGAAUCGCCUCGUCUCUCUACACAUUAGGAACGCAGGACUCCACAGACCUCUGCAAGUUCUUCCUGAAAGUGUCAGAGCUGUUUGAGAAAACAAGGAAGAUUGAAGCUCGUGUUGCAGCGGAUGAAGACCUGAAGCUGGCUGACCUGCUCAAAUAUUACCUGAGAGAGUCACAGGCUGCCAAGGACCUGCUGUACCGGAGGAGUCGGGCUCUGGUGGACUACGAGAAUGCUAACAAGGCUCUGGAUAAAGCUCGGGCCAAAAACAGAGAUGUCCUGCAGGCCGAGACCAGCCAACAGCUCUGCUGUCACAAGUUUGAGAAGAUCUCCGAGUCGGCCAAGCAAGAACUCAUAGACUUCAAGACGAGACGAGUGGCCGCUUUCAGGAAGAACCUGGUGGAGCUGGCGGAGCUGGAGCUCAAACAUGCCAAGGGGAACCUCCAGCUGCUGCAGAGCUGUCUGGGUGUCCUGAAAGGUAACACUUAACUCUGUGUCCCUGCCUGCUUCUGACUGGACACGCACCCUUCGUCACAGCCCCGCCCAUCUCGAACUGGACACGCCCACCCUGGGGCAGUGCCUGGAUGGACAGACGGACCACAGUGACAACUGUGGAGCAGAGAGCGUUAAAAGAGACAGGAAAUCUUUCGUCUUCAUCACUAACCAGACACUGUCCUCUUCAUUCUCCUCCUGAUCCUCCCUGUGUGUCCAGCAGCAGCUCCCCUACUGGUUCUACUGGUUCUACUGGUUCCACUGGUCCAGCAGAAGCAGUGUGUUUCCUGAGUGACGUUCAUAUGAGACAGAAUAGCAGUUUGACACCAGGUGUCUCUGCAGUGUGUGACUGACAGAAACACCAGAAGAAGGUCGGUUCCUCAACUAGUUUUUGCUAACAGCUCACAUCUGAAUGAAUGAAGUCUGGGCGUCUGAUCCAGAAACAUGUGAACGUCACUCAGAGGAGGUGCUGCAUAAACUGGUCCCAGUUGGCCACCCUAACUGGUCAUCUCCAGCCUGCAACUUCUAACCAACAGUCUAUUAACAGUUAUUUCUUCUUUUAUUGUGUCUUAAAAGUCUGAAACAAAGUGAGAAUAAUUUAAAUUCUACUGGAUUCUCCAAACCAAACAACCUGGACUCAUUAGCUCAUAAUCAGGAAUUUCUUUUCUCCUAAUCAGAAGAUCUGCAGGACAGUUAAAAGAUGCAAACGCUGAGCUGCAGUUCAAAUCAACUUGUUUAAAUUAGCAUUGUGCUCCUCACUGAUCCUGCAGCAACUGGUUUUCAUUACUACAAAAUCCUUCAGUUGGAAAAAGUGGUUUGAUUCGACACGAUUUUCUUUCCCUCGUUUUAGGAAAACGAGGCUUUAAAAGCACUCAGAACAGAAACUGUUUGACAACAUGGAGAGUGGAUCAGUCUGGUCCAGCUGCUGGUGUCCAUCUGUCCGUCUUCUCCAUUUUGGUUUUAUUUUUCUGCUUCACCCUGUCCUCAUAGUCUUCCUCUGUUCUCUGUUGUCUUAUUUUGGCGAUAUGUGUGUGCGGGGGUUGUUUUAAUGUCUCAGUGAACUUCCUGUUCUGCUGCUGUGUGCCGGCAUUUUGAGUCCAGCUCUCGGUUCCUGUUCUUAUGAAAGUGUAAUGUCACUAAAUGAUUAAAGCCUUGUAUAUGUUUGUAUUAGUUAACUAAUGAACGCUAAUCAUCAUCAUCAUCAUCAUCACUAAUUGUAGCUUGUUUCUUUCAGUCCAGUGUUUUUCUGUCAUUCCAGCUGACGGUGGAGCUUCAGUCUGUUUGCCUUAAUGUCGAUCAGUUGCUCCAUUCGAUAAAGUUCACAAUGACAGAAUGAAAACUGUUUUUGUUCCUUUCUUUUUUAAAGUGCACUGUAUACGAAUGUUUUUUCACUCUUAUGUGACCAAAGCUUCCCUUACUGAUUCAAGAUGGAGAAAUAAAAUGAGAAGAACAAUAAAAAAGAUGACUCACACCAUUUUAAACUUCAGCAGGUCUGUAAUCCACCCUGGUCAUACUGAGACUGAAUAAAACUUUACGGACACUUUUCUUACAA